ACAGUUCGAGCUAUGCAAGUAACUUUGUUAGCGCAGACACGCCACGGAAGCCUCGGAGGUUGCGGAUCCGGAGCGCAAACUGAGCUUUCCAUUCUGGCCUCACUGCUUCUCUUAUGAUAUCAUGAAUCAUCCCUCCCCUAAUUUGCACCUCAUUCAGAGGGGUAGAUCCACUGGGGCUGGACUAGAUUUCUAAACCUCUGGUUUUUGGGGUAUCCUCUCCCGGGUAUACUCGAGUUGAGAGAGAGAGAACAGGGUGUAUUCAUCAUCUGGCCAUUGUUUGCAUCCUCCCGGGAAACCUGCUCAUGGGAGCGGUGCGGCCUGGUUACUGGUCAUGGUUGGGGUGGCAGGUAGGACUACGGUACAGGUAGCGAUGGCCCAUGGGCGUGCUCAGGAAGAGGAAAGAGAUUCCUCACGAGCAUGAUUUAAGUUCACUUACCGCUAUGUAUCUGAUCUGGCUUAGAAUCACCUUGAGGGUUUCGAAAUACGAGUAAAUAUGCAUUCUGAAUUUUCUGUGUAACAUAGAGUCGACCGGUAUUUCGGCAGUGAUGCCUUUAAUACGGAUCGAUGUCUCACGUCUAUAUGCGCGAAAUCUCGGACAACAUAUGUUCUAUCAUACCUACGGUACUUAUCUCAAGCCCAUCGAGUGGACUCGGCCUUUCAAACUGUUUAUCGGUUUUACUUCGGAUGCGGUGUGGUGUGUGGGCAUCAGGAGUUUUAAAAAUAACUUACGAAUAGGUGACGCACUACGGGCAAUACAAGUACAAGUACCGGUACACAACUUUGCGUUGACGGAAGCACGGUACUCGGGUACCGGUAUUGGGUAUGGACUCCCAUUGUGGGGCCUGCCAUGACCUGGUCUUCCACUUUCCCUUUUUUUUUCUUUUCUUUUUCUUGAAGGACCGUUUGGAUUUUCAAAUGCGGUACGGGACUGGUACCUCCUUUCAUGGCCGGGCACCACCGGAUCGAUUCAAUUGGAGAUGACCACUGUUGACUUGCCGCAGGGUUUAUCAGACUUCUUAUCUUUUUGGGGACUGGCGGGUUGGAUGAUCUCUGUUUUUGGGUUAUAUUUCCAUCCUGGGGGAGGGGGGCUACUGCUAGCGUGCGGGUCCUGAUCGUUGGUAUCAUAGAGCCUCUCUAUGCUUAGACUAGGGCCCAGGGAAUUGUUCAAGUGGUUCGGGGUCACGGGAUUUGAAUUAUGAGCUGGCCUUGUGUUCAUUUUGCAUACAGUUCCUAGUCCUUAGCUGAGAGAAGAGUUCACAAUAUAUCUGCCUGCAGGGGGUUACAGCACGCUGGGAGGGCAGGUACAAAUAGCGUGAUUACAGGAUUUGAACUUGGGGAGAAAUUGGCAAAGAAAGGGGAAGCACGGGUUUUGCAGAGAUGAUUAUAGGGCCUUAGUGGUUCCCGUAUGAACGACUGGCUGGUCCUGGCACUUAGCUUGUUGCUUCGGAGGGCAAGAGGGUUCCGUUGGUGACUGCGGCUCCGUGGGCUCUUGCCAAGAAUGCAUACGCCGUGAGGUACCUGAUGGAUGGGGAAUAGUUGGUAAGUUUGCCAUUAUGGCCCCGGGAGUGGUGAGGCAUGCUUACUUAUCGAAGAAUGGCAAAAUCUCAGGGGUUCCGGGGGUGUCCCUCCAGUCUCUCAUGAGAUCCGCGACAAUUGCAAACAUUCCCAUGGUGGUAACGCCCGCAGCUCUCAUACGGUCGUUGGCUUCGUCUGCGAGCCGUUGGUCGAAUGUUCCGCUUGCGUCCGAGUUCGCAAAUACCUCAUAUCCCUCGGCCCGAAGAGAGAGGGCAAGGAAAGCGGUGCACACCUGUUUUGAGAGAUAUCGUAAGCAAAUAUCUUGUGGCUGGGACGGAGAUGGUUGGAUUAGGCAACUAACGUCAGUUGUGAUACCGGCUAGGACAAUUUGUCUCUUUCCCGUAGCUUUGACAGCGGCGCGGUAAUCAGCAUUAUCCCAGGCAUUGACUUCACCACUACGCUUGAUGAGGGGAGCCCCUUGAUGCAUCUCAACGAUCUCCCGCGGAAGUGGUCCAUUGGGUCCGGUCUCGGCGCUCGUGGUCAAGACGACCGGAAUGUUGAACACCUUCGGGAGAGCAGCAUGCGCGAGGAUGUUGUUCCUGUAUUGGUCUGGCGCAAAGUCCCGGACAAGGGAGAACAAACCCAGCUGGUGAUCAACAACAAGAAAAGCAGUGUCAUUCUUACUGAGCCGAGUGAAGGUUUGGUUGUUCGCUACAUGUCGUGAGCAUGGUUUCCCUUUUUGGAGUGGGGGGGGGGGGUCUUGGGGACAUACCUUGGGCUGUGAGCGACAAAGCUAGGGCAGUGAGGAGGAUGGGAAUUGGGAAUGAGAAGUGCAUCUCGCCUGUUCUCGUUUUCCGGAUACCUUGACCAAUUGAAAUAUUUGACUGUGGUGCGAAGGGCGAGGAGCUGGAUGACCUCUCCAGGUUGCGGGGGAGCAGGUAUUUAUAUGAAAGCACUGAUAGUCCUAUGAAAUUUAGCAUACAUCCUCUUCUUUAGCUGCCUGUAUGCGAAUGCCCUCCAUUGCGCAGUGAUGGGCGCGAGUUCACGAGCAUUCUUACCAACGGUUAGACUAGGGCUCCUGGGCGUAAGUAUGAUACUUGACAAAAUUUCCCGGGUUGGGUGGUUU